UACAAAAGCCUUUACAUCACACCAGCUACAUAACAGACCACCGCUUUACACAGAUCAACACCUGAAUUCAGAGAGUAGAAUUUCAUUUUUUUAAAGAGAAGGAAAACCCUUGACAAAGAACUUUACUUUUCAAAUUUCCAAUCAAGACAAGAGGACACAUCAUAAGGAUGGGAUCUGCUGGGGUACAGAUUGUAUGUGUGGCCCUUGGGAUCCUGGGCCUGAUCGGGGCCAUUGUGUGCUGUGCCAUCCCUAGGUGGAAAGUGUCAUCAUUUACAGGACAGAACAUCGUAACGGCACAGGAAACUGAAGAGGGCCUGUGGAUGACCUGUGUGGUGCAGAGUACUGGCCAGCAGCAGUGUAAGAGCUAUGAGUCCCUGCUGGUCCUGCCAUCUGACCUGCAGGCGGCCCGCGCCAUGACCAUCAUCAGCUGCAUGGUCACCUCCCUGGCCAUCCUCAUCUUGUUUGCCGGCGCCGAAUUCACCACCUGCGUGGAGAAUGAGGACAUCAAGCCCAAGAUCAGCCUUGUGGCUGGGAUCGCUCUGUUGGUGUCUGGCCUCCUCCUCAUCAUUCCUGUCAGCUGGUCUGCCCACAACGUCAUCAGCAACUUCUACAACCCCCUUGUGGCCCAGAAGAUGGAGCUGGGAACCUGUAUCUUUAUUGGCUGGGCUGCUGGGGUGCUUCUGAUUCUGGCCGGAGGCCUGCUCAUGUGCUUCAGCAGAGCAAAAUCUGGCAGCUCGGGAGGAACCGCCAAGUACUACGGCAACAGCGCUUCAGCCCCCGCCGCCAACAAGAACUACGUCUAGUACAUGUAUUACACCUCUGUAUGUUUGUAUGUGUGUAGAGAGAAAGUUUGAUGUACUACACCUCUGUAUGUUUGUAUGUGUGUAGAGAGAUAGUUUGAUGUACUACACCUCUGUAUGUUUGUAUGUGUGUAGAGAGAUAGUUUGAUGUACUACACCUCUGUAUGUUUCUAUGUGUGUAGAGAGAUAGUUUGAUGUACUACACCUCUGUAUGUUUGUAUGUGUGUAGAGAGAUAGUUUGAUGUACUACACCUCGGUAUGUUUGUAUGUGUGUAGAGAAAUAGUUUGAUGUAUUACACCUCUGUAUGUUUCUAUGUAUGUAGAGAGAUAGUUUGAUGUACUACACCUCUGUAUGUUUCUAUGUGUGUAGAGAGAUAGUUUGAUGGAAAGGAAAUGGGUCAGACAGAAUGAAAACAAGAAAGGGGAGGGGUUUAACCUUGAGGAUAAAGAAGGAACAUUAUUAGUGGAAAUAAUGGUUGUAAAUAUUGAAUAUUUCAAAAUAGCAAGACUGGUUUAGUUGUAGUUAAUCCAAGGGUCCAAUAUGGUGGUUCAAUUUAAAAUACACAUAUAUUUUUAUUUGUUUUGGGGGGGGACUAACUCAAUAUACUAUAAUUUACUACAAAUCGAAACUGUGUAGAGAUGAUGAUGUACCUACAUUCAUACAGUUUCUUAACUGUGUCCAGCUCGCUAAUAAUCACCUACAUGAAGGCUAGACAGUCAAGGAGCACCGGAAAUUCCAAAAACGAUGGAUAGAGGAAAUUAUUUUACAAAUUGUGACGGCGAGGAAAUAUAACCAAUUUUCAGUGUGGAUCUCCGGACCUCGUUGAAGACCAAAUGCAGCCCCCGGGGCAGAAGGAGUUUGACACCCUUGUUGUAAUGUGUUAUCUCGUUGAGGUUUUUAAUAAUGGGUGACAUGCUUCUAUAAUGCCAUGAAUGAACAACAGAGAGCAAGGUGAGGGACUCAGUGGUCAUGCAUCUCCAAAUACAGGUAUAGUUAAAUGACUGUAUAUAUAAUUUACAUCCAUGAGAUCACAACUUUGUUUUACUUAUGUAAAUCAGCUUGUCAUUUACUUUUGUAUAUCAAAUAAUAAAUACGUGUUUUUCUUUUA